AAAAUAUACCAAUUUGAUAUUAAGGAUAUCGAUUUUAAAUUUAAAAAAAGAAGAGAAAUGGCAGAAACUCAGAAAAUGAUAAAACGCCAACAAACUCAAGCACAUUUGGGUAAAGAUGAAGAGGAUUUUCGACAAUUUGAAAAUAGAAUUGAUGAAGUUCAUCAUUUGCUAAAAGGAAUGAAUAAUUGUGACAGAAAACUCUCGACAUCUGCAUUUGAUAUUACCAAAGAAUUCACGAAUAAAUUAUCGACAGAUGAUUUUGUUGUUAAAAUAACCGAAAAUCGUACAGUUAUAAAUAAGGAAGAAAAACCGGAAAUGAAUCGAUUGACAUUUAUGCAGGAAGUAGAACGAGACGCCAAACGUCGUACAGAAGAACGAAAGCAACGUGAAUCAGUUGGUCAAAACUUACGAAAAAUCGGUAAUGAAGCCUUUCGAAAUGGUGAAUUCGAAAAAGCUAUUAGCAUGUACUCAAAAGCCAUUGAUCACGUAAAGGAUAGCCCCGUUCUUUAUAAUAAUCGAGCACUUACUUAUAUUCGAUUGGGACUGUACAAAAAAGCGAUUAUUGAUUGUGAUUUUGUGUUGCAAAAAUUGGAUGAAAAGAAUGUACGUUCUUGGUUGUAUCGUGCCAAAGGCUACUAUCUAUUGGGCGAAAAAAGAGACUUCGAAAAAAGUGUGAACGAAGCAAAAAAGAAUAAUCCCAAAAAUUUGGAAUUUAUUGAAAAAACGAUUGCGAAUAUUUUGGAAAAUAAAUAAUGGACACCUUUUCAGAAACUUCAUUGGAAAAUGCAUGUACUUUUUAAAAAAAAUGAAUGAAGUCUCGUCCACAUUAUGGAAUAAGCCAACUUAAUUGUGAACCAAACAUGGAAAUACCACAGUUUGACAUAUACACAGAAAUUUGAUUGAAAGAUGUCAUUCAAACAAAAAUAAAGUGAAGAAUUCAUUGUUAAAUUAAA